AUGCAGAAACGGAGUGAUUUAUCCGACCUACAAAAGGGCAUGAUCAUUGGCUUUCGGGACAAGGGUGGAAGCAUUUCCGAAAUGGCUAAUUUUAUAAACUGUUCGCGGGCCGACGGGGUAAAAGUAUACCGCGCAUUACAAAAUGGCACUGUCCAGAAUCAGCGACAUGGCAAAUGUGGUGCACCAUGGACCAUAGAUGGCAGAGAUGAAAGAAGGCUGCGGAGAUACUUUUCGAAUAGAUGUGCAGCUAUGGAGCAACUGACUGCCCAGAUGAACCAAAGGGCUACCAGCAGUGUCUCCACAACGACAGUUCAGCGAACAUUGCUACGUAUGGGCCUCCGCAGCAGACGCCUGGUUAAUGCACCUAUGCUGACUGCUGUUCAUCGGCGACGAAGGCUGGAAUUUGCACGUUAG